CCCCUCCCCUCCCUCCCUACUCGGAUGGAGGCAGAGGAAAGUCACUCAUUCGUGCUGUAAAAGCCGACCAUGAACGCAGCCCACGCUCGACACGCACUCCGCGGACUUUUUACUCCACGCAGGCAGACGAGACACCUGUGCUGUCUUUUAUUUCUCACUGGAUUAGCAUGGAUCGUGUGAUUGAUUGAUCAUGUCUGGCCAACUGGAUAUGAUAGCAUCCGACUCGACUAGAGACUGAAAGGUGGGCGUCUCCCUUCUCAUGCCUACUUCAUGUCAGCAUGUCACUAUCGGACUACAAACAUGGCAGAACGACUCAGUUGCACCCUGGCUAUGUCCCCUACAGCUCUACUCUGGUCGGAUAUGACGGAAAAACACACUUCAGGACACUUCAAGACGCGAGGGACACAAAUACGCCUGAAAAUGCGCAUAAAUUAUCCAGGGUGAACUUCCCCAAAGUCCAAACUAUCUUCUUGCUGGGUUUGACUCUGACCUUCCUCAUUAUGGCUUCUUACGUCCUGAUGUGGGACAAGAAGGGACUGCUGACGCCUCCGCCUUAUCAGCUCAGCGUUGUUGAUGUCUCGAUGACCGCCAACACCACAACAGCGGCGGCGGUGGCGGGGGUCUCGUCACAAAGGACUUCAGUCGACAUGAAGCAGCUGGUGAGGAUGAUCCAGUCCACAUUGGAAUACCCACCCAGGAAGCUUCCUGAUGAGAAGGACAUCAUCAGGACGGACCCUCAUUUGUUCUCCUUGAUUCCUCGCCACUUCCUGCCGGGUAUCAAAAGCCCCUGUUGGUACCAGGAGUUCCUGGGCAAAACCGACGACAAUCCGUACGCUAGUAACCUCUUCGUGGUGCGUUCAAUGACUUUUAAGAAUGUGUGCGACCAGCUGACGUCCAACUUCCACCAGCGCCUGCACCAACAGGACGACAAGCUGUUCCGCCUGCGCUGCCUGCCUUAUUAUUACAUCGUCGGCCAACCCAAGUGCGGCACGACCGACUUGUUCCGAAGGCUGCAGGUGCAUCCCGAGCUCCGCUUUAACGUCAUGAAGGAGCCGCACUGGUGGACCAGGAAACGCUUUGGUUACAUCCGCUUCAAAGAGGGCUUACAGGAAAGAUUCCCGCUGGACAAUUACCUGGAUCUGUUUGACUUGGCAGCCCAAACCAUCCAAGCGUCAAGCAGUGGGAAUUCCCCAGGAGACCGCCGCCCUCUGCAGGUCAUCACAGGUGAAGCCAGCGCAUCCACCAUGUGGGACAACCAAGCGUGGAGCUAUAACCAUGACAAGUGGGAGGAGACAGACCCCCCCUUCCUGGCCCAGGACUUCAUCCACACGGUCCAGCCCGGUGCCAAAAUCAUCAUCAUGCUACGAGAUCCUGCAGAGAGGCUGUAUUCCGACUACUUGUACUUCAAGAUGGCCAACAAGUCAGCAGAGGACUUCCAUCAGAAGGUGGUGGAAUCUGUGCAGCUCUUUCAGUCCUGUCUUUUGGGGAGGUCGCUUCGAUCCUGCGUGUACAGCACCAACCUGUCCAACUCCAUGCCGGUGAGGCUAAACCUGGGUCUUUAUAUCGUCUUCCUGCUGGACUGGUUGAGUGUUUUCCCAAGGGAGCAGAUCCUUGUCCUCCGCUUGGAAGACUACGCCGCUAACCUUCAAGGGACGUUUAAGAAAGUGUUCUCCUUUCUGAACACGGGUCCGCUAUCUCAACAAGAGGAGGCGGUGCUGACUAAAAGUCCGUCGUCCAAUACCCGGCGUCCGGCCGACAGGGACCUCGGCCCCAUGCUGGCGUCCACCAGGAAGCUCCUGUGGGAGUUUCACCAGCCUUUCAACCACAAGUUGGCCGCUGUGCUGGACAACAAGGCCUUCCUGUGGGGCGACAAUGACUUCCUGUAGGGGGAACUUAAAAAGACAGUCAAUGAAGCUCUGGAUGGAUGAAUGUGACAGCUUUUGAUUGUGCUAUUUAUUUCUUUCGGACUGUUCGGUAAAAUCAAACGGGAUACUGGACACAUUAAUGGACGUUUUAUAAGUGCAAAAACAAAUUUACAUAUUUCCCGACAGCAGACACCCAAAGAAAUCUACCCCGUGGUAUAUUUACCGUACCCGUGAUGUGGCGUUCCGCCUUCUUACAGGACAAUCAUUAAGCCUGAUGAUGAUCUGGUGAGUUCAAUGACAGUUGUUGACAAUAAAACUGCCACUAUUAGACACCAAAUAAACCGCCUCCGUCAACUGAUGAUAUACAUUCUUUAAUAUUUAAC